UCAAAAACACACGUAAUCCGCCGUCUCGGCAUUCGAGAGAAUGAGUAGACUAAAUUUAUAAACAACAAUAAAUGUUGGUAAACUUUGUUUUGCAUUGUCAAACUUCAUCACUUAACUCAGCAAGCUCUCACUGUUUAUAAGCGACAUUCAUCCAACAAAAUAUGGCCUCCCCGCCCGAGAGUAAGUCUGCUUUUCGGACCUACCAGCCGACGAUGCCUCGACCCGCAUCCUCGUCGAAGAUUCAGCGGACUCUGGGAGGCUUGGACCAGCAGUUGGAUGAAAUCAUGGGGAUGGAAAUGGACCGGGGACAGACGGCAGCGCAAGAGAAUCGAUGGGUAUUUGAGAUCGCUUGGGAAGUUGCUAAUAAAGUUGGUGGCAUCUACACGGUAAUCCGCACAAAGGCUGCAGUAACAAUGGAGGAACUAGGGGACCAGCUGAUCAUGCUCGGACCAUACAACGAGUCCACUGUCAAGAUGGAAGUCGAGCUGAUGGAACCUGAGAAUGAGCUGAUUAAAGGAGCAAUGGAAGGCAUGAGGAAGAAGGGAAUUAAGGUCUUUUAUGGCCGCUGGUUGAUAGAUGGCUACCCAAGCGUAGUUCUCUUUGACAUCGGCUCGGGGGCGCAGUAUGUGGACCACUGGAAGAAGGAUCUGUUUGACCUCAGCCGUAUCGGGAUUCCUUGGACGGACAAGGAGUCAAAUGAUGCUGUCAUCUUUGGAAACCUCUGUUCUUGGUUCAUUUCUGAUUUCCGGAAGCAGUUUGAACCGACUGAAAGUCCAUUGAUCAUUACUCAUUUCCAUGAGUGGUUGUCGGGCGUCGGUCUGAUGCUGUGUCGUCUUAAACACAUCGAUUGCUCAACGAUCUUCACAACACAUGCCACUCUCCUGGGGAGAUAUCUGUGUGCUGGAAAUGCUGAUUUCUACAACAACCUCAGCCAUUUCAACCUUGACAAGGAGGCCGGUGAUCGAGGGAUCUACCAUCGAUACUGUAUGGAGCGAGCCGCGGCAAGCAUGGCUCACGUCUUUACAACUGUCUCAAAUAUUACAGCUGAAGAAAGUCGUCAUCUACUCAAGAGAGAGCCUGAUCUUGUUCUCCCCAAUGGCCUCAACGUUGUUAAGUUUCAAGCUAUGCACGAGUUUCAAAAUCUUCACGCAAAGUCCAAAGAGAAAAUUCACGACUUCUUGAGGGGCCAUUUUCAUGGACACUACGACUUUGACUUGGACAAGACGUUGUACUUCUUCACAGCAGGAAGAUACGAAUAUCACAACAAAGGCGCAGAUAUGUUCUUGGAGUCACUCGUCAAACUCAACAACCUCUUACAGGUCAGUAAGAGUGACGUUACAGUGGUUGCGUUUCUGAUCUUCCCAACUAAGACCAAUAACUUCAACGUGGAGUCGCUUCAAGGCCAAGCCAUCAGCCAACACUUCAAAGAAACCGUAACCAAAAUCAAGGACAAGAUUGGAAAAAAGAUAUUUGAAUCCAUAUUGAGAGGUGAUAUGCCAGAUCCUGAGAAGUUAUUGGAACGGUCCGAUGUGGUGCAGCUGAAGCGAUGUAUCUAUGCAGCUCAAAGACCUGGUCUACCUCCUGUCUGUACGCACAACGUCAACAAUGACGCCAAUGACCCGAUCUUAAACCACAUUCGGAGAAUCGGUCUGUUCAACAGCAGUCAUGACAGAGUCAAGAUCAUAUUUCAUCCAGAGUUUUUGACAGCUACUAACCCACUCUUUGCUUGUGACUACGAGGAGUUUGUCCGAGGAUGUCAUCUUGGGGUGUUUCCAUCCUACUAUGAACCGUGGGGGUAUACACCAGCCGAGUGCACUGUGAUGGGAAUUCCGAGUGUCUCAACGAACCUCUCUGGUUUUGGUUGUUUCAUGGAGCAACACGUCGCCGAUCCUACUUCAUACGGUAUCUACAUCGUCGACAGAAAGUUCAAAGCACCCAACGAAUCUAUCAACCAAUUGGCAAGGUUCAUGUAUGAGUUCUGUCAGCUUUCAAGACGGCAAAGAAUCCUCCAGCGGAACAGAACUGAGCGUCUUAGUGAGUUACUCGACUGGAAGAGCUUAGGAAUUUAUUACAGGAAGGCUCGCUACUUGGCUCUCCACAAAACUCAUCCUGAAGUAUUUGAAAGUCUGUACGGGAACAAUGGAGAUCAAAUGACGAUGAGAUACCCAAGACCAGCCUCAGCCCCACCCUCUCCCAACAGCUCCCGAGCAUCAACCCCUGUCACAUCUACUGAAGAAGAAGAAGACGAUGAUGAAGACGAAAAAUAAAUGAGUAUCAAGACCUUUGCAUGAAUCCAUCAUCUUUAAAGGCACUGGACACGUUGGAUAAUUACCCUUAAUAGGUGUUAGUAUAAAACUUACUUGGUAACAAGCAAUGGAGAGCUGUUGAUAGAAUAAAAUAAAACAUUGCGAGAAACAGCUCCCUC